AGCCCCGAUCCGUACCGGAAGUUCCUAUCGUUAGCUCGGCACUGGCGUUUGCUUCGCUUCCCGCACAGUCACCCGUUACUGGAAUUAGUCACCAUGCGCGGCCUGGUGGAAAAUGACAUUCCUGACUAUGAUGGCAUGGAGGAUGAAGCUUUCCCUCCCCUCCCACCGCCUCACUCCCCAGGCCACGGAGGACAAGAGGACGGAGACCCUUUUGCAAACAGUGGUAUGGUCGGUGCAGAAGAGGAAGAAGGCGACGUGUCCAAGCUGGCUGAGGUCCCUGCUGCUAAAAGGAAAGGAGUGAAGAGGCCACAACCCAAGCUGGACUCUCAUAAGCUGACCUCAGAACGAGGACUUCCAGCUCUACGAACUAUGUUUGAAAAUGUCAAUUUUAAAGGCAAAGGACACGAGGCUGCAGACCUGCGGCUGCUGAUGCAGAAGAUGGAGAACUGGGCCCACAGGUUGUAUCCUAAACUGCAGUUUGAAGACUUCAUUGACAAAGUGGAGAAGCUCGGCAACAAGAAGGAAGUGCAGACUUGUCUCAAACGGAUACGACUGGACAUGCCGCUGACACAUGAAGAUUUUAUAGGCAAAGAUGGUGAGGAAGAGGCCGCACCGAAACUGCAAAUAUUCAGAGAUCCUGAUCCAUUUAGUGGAGCGCGCUUCCCUGAUGACAUACAAGGACCAGUCCACUCUACUCCAGUUCCGGCUGCCCCACCUGCUCCCUCUCCUGCUUCCCCCUCUCUGACCGAGGAGCAGCGCAGACGCAUGGAGCUGAACAGACAGCAAGCCCUGGAGAGGAGGCUUGCCCGCCAGCAACACCAGCAAACAGAUCCUCCAGCCUCUCAGAGUGUUGACACACUAACACCAACAGAAGAACCCACAUCUGUCUCGUCCUCUGUAGACAUCCUCAACAAAUCCAAUCGAUCAGGGAGAGGAGGAGGAGGUGGAGGAUUUAGACCGCAGCACAAAACAAGCCAGCGAUCUUUCAACCAAAGACUCUGAGCCUUCGGCCGAAUUCCAGUCAGUGUGAGGAGGAGAGAGAGAGAUGAGCCUCGACCCCAAACAUCAGCUCUGUGACAGGUGUGAGGAUGGAGAUUAAUGCUCACAUUCAGCAUACCCUCUUUGUGGUUAUGGUUCACCUGUAUGGCUGAAGCUUCGGCAGUAACCUUCACUGUGUGUGUGUGUGUGUGUGUGUGUGUGUGUGUGUGUGUGUGUGUGUGUGUGAGUGAGAGAGAGUGAGUGUGAGAACUGUUCUGGUAUGUUCAAACUUUGAAUUCCUGUUCCAUUGUUUUUUUAUGGGAUGUUCACAGCAUUCUUUAAAAAGUACAUAAUUAAACAUUGAUUCCACAUUUUCUGUUGUGGGGCUUCAACUAACAAUUAUCGUCAUUAUCUAGAAAUUGUUAAAUUAAUUGCUUCGUCUUUAACACUUUAAAUAACACUUUAAACAGUGGAGGUGUUCCUCAGUUUCCUAAAACCCAAGUUGAAGUGAUUUUAUGUCUUGUUUAUCCAAAGAUUUUCAGUUUACUAUCAUUGAUGGCAAAAAGGUAGCAGAUCUUCACAUUUGAGGAGCUGGAGCACUGAAACAUUCUGCAUUUUUACCUGAAAAAUGACUCAGAUGAUUUGCUAAUAGUCAUCGAUUGAUUUUGUGUUGAUCAACUAAGAGUCUAAGAAUGCAACUUUUCCUUUUUCAGGUUUCACCAUUGUUUCAAAUUCCCCCUUAUUCCAUAAGUUCCAAAUUUCAGAGAGUUCUCAGAUAUACCAGGUGUUAGAAAGAAACCAGGAGGGUCAUGUCAGGUCACUGCCUUACUGUAGUUCAAAUAGUAAUGUAAUCAGUGCCACGUGACCAGUCUCUGCAGGAACAGGUUAAAACUUCCUUGUUUGUCUUUUGUGGAGCUUAAACUGACAAAUCAUUUGCAAGUGUGACCUGAUGUUGCUUUCAUCGUUAAUAAACUGGGGAAUGGUG